AUGGCAUUCCUACACGGCAUCCUGGUGGCCUUGAUCACCCCCUUCACCGACGACAAGACCAAAAUCGACCAAGGGCGCCUCAAAUCCCAUAUCGACCACCUCAUCUCUGCUGGCGUGCAUGGUCUAGUCCCCGGCGGUAGUACCGGCGAGUUCACCACAAUGUCAGUCGCUGAGCGGAAGGAGCUCACCGAGCUUUGUGUCAAGUUCGCCGCUGGUCGUGUUCCUGUUGUGGCCGGUACGGGAAGUACUUCUACUGCUGAGGCUGUUGAGUUGGCCUCUCAUGCCGCUCAGGCGGGUGCAGCUGCGCUUAUGGUUGUACCGCCGUUCUAUGAUCCUGUGAACCUUGAGCAGCUCACUGAGCUCAUGGCUGAGAUUCACGGCGCCUCGAAGCUACCCAUCGUGUACUACAAUAUCCCUUCCGCCUCGGGGUUGACACUAAGCCCGGCUGAAAUCGCGGGACUGUCAAAGGUGGGCGUCAAAUAUCUCAAGGACACCUCGGGCAAUGCCCCUGCAUUUACUGAGCUGGUCUUCGGCCUAUCGGACCAGAUUACUGCAUUUAAUGGCUGGGACAGCCUUACAUUCUAUGGUCUGGCUGCCGGUUGCUCUGGUGGUGUUUGGGGAGCCGCCAAUCUCAUUCCCGAUCUGGCUGUUGAACUAUGGGAUGCGAUUUCUGUGAAGGGAGAUCUGAAGCGAGGCCGUGAGCUCUGGACCAAGGCCUGGCCUAUUUGCAAGUUUCUCGAAUCUCACAACUAUGCCGCUGCUGUCAAAACUGGUGUCGAGUUGACGGGUCAGUCUACCGGUGGGUUGCGGAAGCCAUUUGCCUUGCUCAGCCCUGAGCUGCAAGCAGAGCUGAAGCAGCUGAUGAAGAAUGCCGGUGUCAAAACGAUUUAA